AUGCAUUCUUUCCUCUCGAACUCUGCGGCUCUGCUGCUUGCCGCAGCUAUGCCCUUGGCAUCCGCUCAGACGUAUACUACCUGCAACCCUCUCACCUCCACUUGUCCUUCCGACCCUGGUAUGCCCGCUUCUGUGAUCACCGACUUCAGUGCCGGCGCUUCCGGUGACUGGGACGUCGCAGCUGGCUCAAUCAGCUACAGCGGUAAUGGUGCCGGGUUCACUGUCGCCAAACAGGGUGAUGCCCCCACCAUCCAAACCAAGGAUUACUUCUUCUUCGGUACCGUCGAAGUGACACUGAAGGCCGCUCCUGGUGUUGGUAUUGUCAGCAGUAUCGUUCUAGAAUCCGACGACUUGGACGAGGUCGACUGGGAAGCCCUAGGCGGUGAUACCACCCAGAUCGAGACCAACUACUUUGGCAAGGGCUACACUGGUAGCUACAACCGUGCCACCUAUGUCGGUGUCAGCUCGCCACAAACCACUUUCCACACCUACACUGUCAACUGGCAACGUGACAGCAUCCAGUGGUUGAUAGACGGAAGUGUCGUUCGUACCUUGUCUGCUGCUGAGGCUGGCGACUACUUCCCUCAGACCCCCAUGCGUCUCCGUAUUGGUAUCUGGGCUGGUGGUGACCCCAGCAACGCUCCUGGAACUAUUCAGUGGGCUGGUGGUCAGACGGAUUACUCUGCUGGACCUUACACCAUGUAUUUGAAGUCUGUCAAGAUUACAAACGCCAACCCCGGUGGCUCUUACAGCUACGGCGACAACAGCGGCUCGGCUGGCAGCAUCAAGAUUGACGGGGCCGCUGCUCCCGCCGCCGGCACUACUACCUCUGUUGCUCCUACUUCCACUCACACUUCUGUAGCUUCUGCUUCCUCUUCCACCUCUUCCACCUCUUCCACCCAGACCUCCACCAGCCCAGCCUCCAGCGCCGGCACCACCACGGGCACCACCACGGGCGCCGAGUCCACCACGGGCGCCGAGUCCACCACUGCACCUUCAAGCACUACUGGCUCCACCAAGUCCACUGCUCCAUCGAGCACCUUUUCUUCUAUUUCUUCCAGCAACCCCAGUGCCGUCACCAACCCCAUUUCCGGAAUUACCUCCAGCAACUCGACUCUUCCUGGAAGCAACUCGACCAUUCCUCACACUGGCGGUAACUCCACUACCACUGGCCGCACUGGCACUCCCACUCCUACACCUUUCCCUGCUCCUCCCAGAUCCAACGGUGGCGCUCAAACCAGCAUGACUGGUUCUGUGGUUGCUCUUUACUGCUUCCUCUUCGCCAUUGUUGCAUAUGUCUUGUAA